AUGGGUAAUAAGGAAGGGGAAAAGAACUGUGGUACGGAGUCAACCAGCAAGAACAACAAAGCAAAUGGCGGUGGUGGUGAAAAAAAGUUUUUAUCUCCCGAUAGUGGAGGUCUCAAAGAAAAGUCUCCUAGCUUACAAAGAAUACACCAACAAAGUUCUACAGAGACUAGUGGACUCGGCGAGACCAUCACAUCUGGAUUUUCUUCACAGGAAAGUAUAAGAAGUACACAUAGUUUUAAUGAAAAACCCAGAAGGUGUACACCGGGCGAGGAUCAAUUUGGCAAGCCUCCAACUGAAGUGGAUAGCGUCAUGAAGGACCGGACAGACAGGAAGCCUCUUCUACUGAGGUCAGGGGGUGGAGGAGGCGGAGGCCGGCGAGAGCGUGAUAGAGGCGACAGAGGAGGGAGAGGAGAAAAGGAACGGGAUAGAGAGGGCUCCACAACAGUGUUAUGUGAGCCUAGGCGAACGUCUAGCGCUAUGUACCCAGACGGUACAAACUUUGACGAUUUAUUUGCCAUUCCAGGCAAAUCUCAAAGCCAUCUUUCUUCCGGUGUGAAUAUAAACGAUACAGAAAACAAUGGUUGGAACAGACGAUCUUCUCCUCGAAGUUCUAUCAAAAGCCGAACCUCCAUUGGAUCAUAUCGGUCUAGAAGUGGAUCUAGAUUUUUGGGUAGACUACCAGAGUCUGCCUGGACAAAAUGGUCCCGGGACAGACGGGCGUCAUUUCGGCGGCGGCUAGAACUGCCCGCCAAUGCUAUUUCAGAACCCACGGAGCGGGCUUCGACCCCCAUAAAAAAGGCCCGGGAGGAGGGGCUCAUGUUUGUGCACGAGGAUUUAAAAGGGAACUAUAUUUCUGAGGACGAUAUCAACUAUAUACGACGUCAUAGAAUUCAGCGUUAUAAAACGUACCACGUUAUAGAAAAAUCAAAAAAGAAAUUAAGAAAUUUUCCCAGUCGUAUUGAGGUACAUCUUUCAGUGAGAGACUGGCGUGUUCUAACUGACUAUUGGGAACACAAGUAUUUCAGUCAAAUACGAUAUGCAGCCUUCUUGUUUGGAUUUCUUGGAAUAUUAUUCUUAGUCAUCAGCGUAACGAGUUCAUUUUGGAUAAAUUAUUCAACGAAGAAAUUGGCAGAAGACAACGUUACCAUGGUUGCAGUCGAGGCCAUGGAUGGACUCUGGACAACGUGUGUUACAAGCAAACUUCCUAUGUAUGCUCAACUCAACUCCUGUGAUACUUUAGUAGCUGACUGGCAGACCGCUGUGAUAGGUCUGAUGAUAUUUUCUGCAUCCUUUGGAUUUGUGGCCACAAUCCUUGCUAUACUGGGCGUGUGUACUUCUCCUUUACCCAGAAAAAUCUACUACUUCCAUUCCGCAGGAGAAAUUUUCCUUGUGUGUGCUCUCAGUGUAGGCAUUGCCUUAAUUAUAUACCCUACCGUUAUGGAACUGGAUCCCACCAUUGAAGUGCACCUGUAUGGGCCGGGCUACGGACUAGGGUGGGGAGGUGCCUUCUUUUUCCUUGUGGCAGCUCUGUGUAUGACUUUGGACGAGCUAGUGCGAGAAUCCUCAAGGGCCAAAUGUUGUCGAUUUUGUUUUAAAUCCAGACAGCGAGAACGAUCUGAGCUGCAAAGGGUAUGA